AAAUCAUCGGUGCAAGCCAUUGGUUGAGCGAUAUCGGGUUUGUCUCCAGGGUCUUCUAGCCUUUUCAAUGGAUCAUGGAUCAAAGAUUUCGCUUCUCCGGGAGUCAUUGUCAUGCCUAGCAAAUCAUCACAACUGAUUGGUACGAGGGAGGUGUCAGUGGAGAUUACAUCGUUCCAGAAGGCUAGUUGAUUACUCGAAGUUUGAGUUGAUUCGAGUUCCCGUCGCCAUUUGAUUAAGAAAGCAUUAUAAGAGUUAGGAACUUCGAUGGAAGUUCCGGAGUUCAAACCGGUGUCACGGUAACUACGAAGACACUGGAUAGCUCGUGGGCGGAGAAGUUCCGGCGUCAGGGGAUCAUUAAUGAGGCGUAGAAUGUGGGCCUCCAUUUCAGAGCAAGCUUUAUUAACGAGACCAGCUUUUAGCAUCUGCUUGAAAUCCCUGACAGGAUCGAUUGACCCUAUUUGCAAAUUACUUGGUACUUUCGUGGCCUCCAUCUGAGACUUAGUACCGUCAAAUCCAUCAUCCUCCACCUUAAUCCCAAACAGAUCAGCCGCCAUGAUCCGUCGUCGUUUCUUAUUGGCCGCCUUUUCAUCUUCCUCCCCAUUGGCCCUUUUCACUUGAAGAACAGCAGCUGUAUCAGCAGUUGGAACAAUUUCGGGCAUAACUCGAUUUAA